AUGAACAGAGCACGAGGACUGUGUUUCACUUUACUACUACUGGGGUAACUUUCAGCUCAACUUUCAAUGCAGAUUGCACUGUAGGUACUGUGGAUUAUUGCAGUGUUCUGAUGAUAAUUAUGGUCAUAUUUUUCCUCAGGUGUGUAGAUGGGAGCAAGCCCCCUCAAAGGGAAGUGGUAUUCAGUAGAAGGAUCCAACCCUUUGUUGAAGGUAGACUAGAAUGAAAUCCCAUUUGCAUGACUAAAAUGUAAAUGUAAAGCUAAUUGUUAUUGACACAUUCUCCCACAAUGCAGGCCACAAUUGUGUCGUUCCACCAAUUCGGUGCCUUUUGAGAAGUGUAACUUGGUCCAAAAAAUGUUUGAUUUCACCUAAUUUUAACAUUCUGUCAUAAAGAGCCAAUCAAAUCAAUUGUCACAUGCUUUGAAGACAACAGGUGUAGACUAAAAAUGAAAUGCUUACUUACGGGUCCAUUUCCAACAAUGCAGAGUUAAAUAUAAGAUGAAAAAAAUGUAAAUAGCAACACAAAGAAUAAAUACAGAGUGAUUAACAAAUAACAAUAACAAGUAAAAAAUAACAUGGCUAUAUACAGGAAGUAGAAAAUAACAUGGCUAUAUACAGGGAGUAGAAAAUAACAUGGCUGUCUAUAGGGAGUAGAAAACAACAUGGUUAUCUUUAGGGAGUAGAAAAUAACAUGACUAUAUACAAUCUGAGACGACAUUAUGAAACGAAAACACGCGGACAAAAACAAGAAUAUGGACAUGGAACAAAGGCUACAAAAGGCAGAGGAAUUAAAACGAGGCCUCAAAUCUCGACAGGCUCUGUUCAAAAAAGCCAAAUCACAAGGCCAGGCUGCUGUCAAGGCCAGUUUUAUUUUGGCAGAAGAGAUCGCUAAAUCAGCCCGGCCAUUUACGGAGGGGGAUUUCAUCAAAAACUGCAUGAUUAAAGUUUGUGACGAAGUUUGCCCAGAAAAAAGGCAACUCUUUUUAAAUGUGAGUCUGAGCAGAAACACCAUUGCCGAGAGAGUAGACCAGUUGUCCAUCAAUCUAAAAGAGCAGCUUGUGAAAAAGGGAAAAGAUUUCAUUGCAUAUUCCUUGGCUGUGGAUGAGAGCACCGACAUUUCUGACAUUGCCCAGUUGUCAAUUUUCAUCCGCGGAGUGGACUCCAGCCUAAGCGUGACAGAGGAGUUUUUGGCUUUACGUCCUAUGCAUGGCACAACUACGGGGCAUGAUUUGUAUGAAGAGGUGUCAAGAUGUGUAAAUGAGAUGGAGCUGCCUUGGGAAAAACUCGUGGGUUUGACAACCGACGGAGCACCUGCGAUGUGUGGACACAGGAGCGGACUGGUGGCGAAGAUACGGGAAAAGAUGCAAGAGGAAAACGCGACAGGUGAGCUGACAGCUUAUCAUUGUAUCAUACACCAGGAAGCGUUGUGCGGUAAAGCCUUGAAAAUGGAGCAUGUAAUGAGCAUCAUCACGCGCACAGUUAACUUUAUCAGAGCCAAAGGUUUGAAUCACCGCAUGUUACUUCUCCUUAAACAAAGUGUUGUUUUUGAUUAAUAGAUUUUUGCACUUUAUUUUAUUGUAUUUCAAUCCAAUUAUAUUUUAAAAAUAUUUCAGUUGAGUGGAUGAUAGAAAAUUGCUAUUAUUGUUUUUUUCUUUGAAGUAAAUUUAGCCCACUUUUGCUAAAAUAGAAAAUAUAGGCUACUGAUGGGGAGUAGAAAAUAACAUGGCUAUAUAUAGGGAGUAGAACAUAACAUGGCUGUCUAUAGGGAGUAGAAAACAACAUGGUUAUCUUUAGGGAGUAGAAAAUAACAUGACUAUAUACAGGGAGUAGAAAAUAACAUGGUUAUCUUUAGGGAGUAGAAAAUAACAUGGCUAUAUACAGGGAGUAGAAAAUAUGUCACGCCCUGACUCUGGGGACUGGUGUAUUUCUAUGUUGGCCGGUGUGGUUCCCAAUCAGAGGCAGCUGUCGCUCGUUGUCUCUGAUUGGGGACCAUACUUAAGCAGCCUAUUGGCACUAGUGGGUUGUGGGAUCUUGUUCCGUGUGAGGUAUGUUGUUUGUGUACCUUGGACUUCACGUUUCGUUUCGUUUGUUGUUUUGUCGUUGUUUAUUCGGUUCAAAUAAACAUGUAUGCAUAUCACGCUGCGCCUUGGUCUGACCCGUUCUUCAACGAACGUGACAGAAGAUCCCACCAAACGAGGACCAAGCAGCGUGCCCAGGAAGAGCGAAUAGCCAUGUCACAGGUGGGCAAAUGGUGGUCAUGGGAGGAGAUAUUUGCGGGGAAAGGGCCUUGGGCGAAGGUAGUUGCCCAGGCAGGAGAGGAGAAACGGCGCCAACCGUGCCGACGACGGAGACCCGAGAGGCAACCCCAAGAAAAAAAAAUAUUUUGGGGGGGGCACACGGGGUGGAUGACGAGGCUACAGGAAGCUAAAAGGGAGAAGGAGAGUGUAGAGGCACGGCGAGAGGAGCUGGUUAGGCAGCAGAAGGAGCGGGGGUUAAUAAAGGGACCCAGUCCCGCUCCUCGCACCAAGCCAGUGGUGCGCAUCGCCAGUCCGGCCCGGCCUGUUCCUGUUACUCGCACCAAGCCAGUGGUGCGCGUCGCCAGCCCGGUCCGGCCUGUUCCGGCCCCUCGCACCAAGCCAGUGGUGCGCGUCGCCAGCCCGGCCCGGCCUGUUCCUGCCCCUCGCACCAAGCCAGUGGUGCGCGUCGCCGGCCCGGCCUGUUCCUGCCCCUCGCACCAAGCCAGUGGUGCGCGUCGCCAGCCCGGUCCAGCCUGUUCCUGUCCCUCGCACCAAGCCAGUGGUGCGUGUCGCCAGCCCGGCCCGGCCUGUUCCUGCCCCUCGCACCAAGCCAGUGAUGCGCGUCGCCAGCCCGGCCCGGCCUGUUCCUGCCCCUCGCACCAAGCCAGUGGUGCGCGUCGCCAGCCCGGCCCGGCCUGUUCCUGCCCCUCGCACCAAGCCAGUGGUGCGCGUCGCCAGCCCGGCCCGGCCUGUUGCUGCCCCUCGCACCAAGCCAGUGGUGCGCGUCGCCAGCCCGGUCCGGCCUGUUCCUGCUCCUCGCACCAAGCCAGUGGUGCGUGUGUCCUGUCCGGCACGGCCCGUGCCUGUUCCACCGGUGCCUGGUUCAGCUCCGGUCAGCUGCUCCACUCCGGAGCCAGAGCAAUUCGCUUCACCGGGGUCCAGUCCAGCUCCGGUCAGCGGCUCCACUCCGGAGCCUGAGCAGUCCGCUCCACCGGUGCCCGGUCCACCUCCGGUCAGCGGCUCCAGUCCAGACCCAGACGUCAGCCCCUCUCCAGGUUCGGGGUCUCCCACACCAGGGUCCAGACAGGGCUUGGAGUAUAGUGGGAGGAAGGAGAGGGGAAGCAACGCGCCGUGGUCUAGACCAGACCAGGGGCGCAAUAGGGAGGCGAAGAGUGAGAGGUCGUCACGCCCUGAGCCGGAUCCGCCUCCGAGGCGGAAUGCCCACCCGGCCCCUACCCUGUUAUGUGUAUGUUGUGCGGUCGGAGUCCGCACCUUUGAGGGGGGGUACUGUCACGCCCUGACUCUGGGGACUCCUAUUUGUGGAGUCAGGGUGUGUAUAUUCUAUGUUGUGUAGUUCUAUGUAUAUAUUCUAGGAGUAGAAUAUACAGGGAGUAGAAAACAACAUGGCUAUCUUUAGGGAGUAGAAAAUAACAUGGCUAUAUACAGGGAGUAGAAAACAACAUGGCUAUAUACAGGGAGUAGAAAAUAACAUGGCUAUAUACAGGGAGUAGAAAACAACAUGGCUAUCUAUAGGGAGUAGGAAAUAACAUGGCUAUAAAUAGGGAGUAGAAAAUAACAUGGCUAUAUACAGGGAGUAGAAAAUAACAUGGCUAUAUACAGGGAGUAGAAAACAACAUGGCUAUCUAUAGGGAGUAGGAAAUAACAUGGCUAUAUAUAGGGAGUAGAAAAUAACAUGGCUAUACAGUCGUGGUCAAAAGUUUUGAGAAUGACACAAAUACUAAUUUUCACAAAGUCUGCUGCCUCAGUUUUGAUGAUGGCAAUUUGCAUAUACUGCAGAAUGUCAUGAAGAGUGAUCAGAUGAAUUGCAAUUAAUUGCAAAGUCCCUCUUUGCCAUGAAAAUGAACUUAAUCCCCCCAAAAAAAUUCCACUGCAUUUCAGCCCUGCCACAAAAGGACCAGCUGCCAUCAUGUCAGUGAUUCUCUCGUUAACACAGGUGAGAGUGUUGACGAGGACAAGGCUGGAGAUCACUCUGUCAUGCUGAUUGAGUUAGAAUAACAGACUGGAAGCUUUAAAAGGAGGGUGGUGCUUGAAAUCAUUGUUCUUCUUCUGUUAACUAUGGUUACCUGCAAGGAAACACGUGCCGUCAUCAUUGCUUUGCACAAAAAGGGCUUCACAGGCAAGGAUAUUGCUGCUAGUAGGAUUGCACCUAAAUCAACCAUUUAUCGGAUCAUCAAGAACUUCAUGGAGUAGGUUCAAUUGUUGUGAAGAAGGCGUCAGGGCGCCCAAGAAAGUCCAGCAAGCGCCAGGACCGUCUCCUAAAGUUGAUUCAGCUGCGGGAUCGGGGCACCACCAGUGCAGAGCUUGCUCAGGAAUGGCAGCAGGCAGGUGUGAGUGCAUCUGCACGCACAGUGAGGCGAAGACUUUUGGAGGAUGGCCUGGUGUCAAGAAGUGCAGCAAAGAAGCCACUUCUCUACAGGAAAAACAUCAGGGACAGACUGAUAUUCUGCAAACGGUACAGGGAUUGGACUGCUGAGGACUGGGGUAAAGUCAUUUUCUCUGUUGAAUCCUCUUUCCGAUUGUUUGGGGCAUCCGGAAAACACCUUGUCCGGAGAAGACAAGGUGAGCGCUACCAUCAGUCCUGUGUCAUGCCAACAGUAAAGCAUCCUGAGACCAUUCAUGUGUGGGGUUGCUUCUCAGCCAAGGGAGUGGGCUCACUCACAAUUUUGCCUAAGAACACAGCCAUGAAUAAAGAAUGGUACCAACACAUCCUCCGAGAGCAACUUCUCCCAACCAUCCACGAACAGUUUGGUGACGACCAAUGCCUUUUCCAGCAUGAUGGAGCACCUUGCCAUAAGGCAAAAGUGAUAACUAAGUGGCUCAGGAAACAAAACAUCGACAUUUUGGGUCCAUGGCCAGGAAACUUCCCAGACCUUAAUCCCAUUGAGAACUUGUGGUCAAUCCUCAAGAGGCGGGUGGACAAACAAAAACCCACAAAUUCUGACAAACUCCAAGCAUUGAUUAUACAAGAAUGGGCUGCCAUCAGUCCGGAUGUGGCCCAGAAGUUAAUGGCCGGCAUGCCAGGGAGGAUUGCAGAGGUCUUGAAAAAGAAGGGUCAACACCGCAAAUAUCGACUCUUUGCAUAAACGUAAUGUAAUUGUCAAUAAAAGCCUUUGACACUUAUGGAAUGCUUGUAAUUAUACUUCAGUAUACCAUAGUAACAUCUGACAAAAAUAUAUCAUAACACUGAAGCAGCAAACUUUGUGAAGACCAAUACUUGUGUCAUUCUCAAAACCUUUGACCACGACUGUAUACAGGGAGUAGAAAAUAACAUGGCUAUAUAUAGGGAGUAGAAAAUAACAUGGCGGUCUAUAGGGAGUAGAAAACAACAUGGCUAUCUUUAGGGAGUAGAAAAUAACAUGGUUAUAUAUAGGGAGUAGAAAAUAACAUGGCUAUAUACAGGGAGUAGAAAAUAACAUGGCUGUAUAUAGGGAGUAGAAAAUAACAUGGUUAUAUAUAGGGAGUAGAAAAUAACAUGGCUAUAUAUAGGGAGUAGAAAAUAACAUGGCUAUAUAUAGGGAGUAGAAAAUAACAUGGCUGUAUAUAGGAAGUAGAAAAUAACAUGGCUAUAUAUAGGGAGUAGAAAAUAACAUGGCUAUAUAUAGGGAGUAGAAAAUAACAUGGCUGUAUAUAGGGAGUAGAAAAUAACAUGGCUAUAUACAGGGAGUAGAAAAUAACAUGGCUAUAUAUAGGGAGUAGAAAAUAACAUGGCUAUAUAUAGGGAGUAGAAAAUAACAUGGCUAUAUACAGGGAGUAGAAAAUAACAUGGCUAUAUACAGGGAGUAGAAAAUAACAUGGUUAUAUAUAGGCAGUAGAAAAUAACAUGGCUAUAUACAGGGAGUAGAAAAUAACAUGGCUAUCUAUAGGGAGUAGAAAAUAACAUGGCUGUAUAUAGGGAGUAGAAAAUAACAUGGUUAUAUAUAGGGAGUAGAAAAUAACAUGGCUAUAUACAGGGAGUAGAAAAUAACAUGGCUAUCUAUAAGGAGUAGAAAAUAACAUGGCUAUAUACAGCGAGUACCAGUACUGAGUCGAUGUGCAGGGGUACGAGGUAAUUGAGGUAGCUAUGUACAGUACAUAUAGGUAGGGGUAAAGUGACUAGGCAACAGCACAUGUUCAACUUAAUAAAAAAACUAGUUUUCCUUCAAGAGGAUAAAUAAAUAUGACUAUAGUAAGUGCUUAUAGAGCUCGCUAUGAGAUAAUAUCAGUCAGUUAACAUGAACUUUGUGAAUUAUGAAGCCUUUAUGUGCUUUAUGAGCUUGUUUUGAUUACGUAAAUCCUUCAAAAUUCACAAAAAGCCUGUGUUUACCACACACCUUAUUUUCGGUGUUUAUCCAAAAACCCUACAAAAAAUAAAAAAUAAAAAUCCCCGUAGGCUUUGACCAACGAGCCAUGGCGGAGUUAGUGCCUACAAAAAGACGCCAUUACUAUUGCUCUCUAUUAAGUACCAAAUAAAGUAACAAGGUUGACCGUAACAGGGUUGAGGAUUUCAUCUUAAAUCAGCCAUACACCCCCUUGUGAAAGGGGGAAUGGAAUCUUGUUGUGUGCAACAGGGAGUGGCUUUUACAAUUUCUACUUAAAAUAUCAAAGGGACGCAAAAGGCACCCAUUUCGUGGAAAAUCCCAAUUGUCUGUAUUUCAAUAACAUUUGCUCAAGAGAUAUACUGUAGUACAGAGUUCCAAAUGUUUCUAAAAGUGUUUGGUUGCAACUUCUUUCACCCCGAGAGCUUCAUGCAUGUUGAUGUUCUUUCUCUCCUCAGGUUUGAACCCUUCUAAUCCCUCUGUGCUAUUCCUCUCCUCCUUUGGGAGCAAACCUGGUGCCUCACCUACACUGGUGUGUGUCCUCAGUGGUUUACCCCAGUGGUUUAAACACACGUCAUUUGGUGGACAUCAUUUGGUGGAUCAACGACACAGUGGUAACCCCUGA